UAUGUACACACUGUAUCUUGAGUUUUCAGUUUUGCGGCAAAAAAAUCGUACAAAAUACAAAUUAAAUGAAUCUCAAUGUUAGCAACAGUUUUGGAUAUACUUGCCGGUUGCUACAAAAACAUUGCGACAAUGCACAGACAAGCGAGAGAGCCGCCGAGGAUCUUGUCGAUCUGCUCAAGUGUCUAAACGCAAAGGAGAAGUUGUUGUUGUCCAAAUACUUUUGCCAAUUGCCGUUAAGUGUUGGGAGUUUUCGAGUGCUUCGACAGCUGCAAAAACUAAGAAUUCUGACAGCCACGGAAUAUAUAUGCAGCAUAGAGAACGAUGAGCACCUGCAAUUGAUAUUAAUAGAGUUCCUACAGAAUGAAAAUGAGUUGCUAAUAAAUCUAUUUGUUUCGGCUCAUUACGAUUCCAUAAAUAUGCUGAGAUUGAAUAAUAUACUCGAAGAUGCUUUAAGAAAUCUCUUUAGCGCUCUGGCUGUUAAUCCUAAGAUAAGCAAUUUGAACUACGUUGAGCCGCUGUGUAAAUCUUUGCCUGAUGAUGUAUUGUUAAGUGUAUGUAUGCAAAUGCAUUUGAAUAUUCUGUUGGAAUUGCAUGUGUCUGCAGAUAUUAGUCUGGCAUUUCAACAAUUAAGCACCUGGAUUAAUGAAGGAGUCGAUGAAUUGAUCUUCAUAAAGCGACUGACAGAUAAGCUUCUUGCUCGACAUCAAGAGCAAGCAUUGAGCCAUCUCUUUAAAGUAUCUACCUCAACCAAUUUUAAAUAUUGGAAAUUUUAUAUAAUUUUACUGCAAUCUAUAGCUGGCGCCGCUAAUGCAGUAACUGCUGCAUUUAUAAAAAAAUACCUCAAGAAUCGUCUGCUACAUGCAGCUACGCUUGGCUGUCAGCUUUCCUUGUUGCAUUUGUUGCUUACGGCACGCGCAGCUGCAGCUAACACAAUGAAUAUACAACAAAAUCUGGAUAAUUAUGCGAAGUGGUACAAACAAAAUAUAGGAGAAAUGUCGUAUGUGUUAAGCAAUGAACAGUUUCAAAUGAUUUUAAAUAUGCUAGAAGAUUCCUUACAUUACGAACAAGAAAUUGAUUAUGUGGAGAUUCAUGCAGCGAUUGCCAUUUCACCUGGUGGCAAACUCGUGCAGUCAUAUAAAACCAAAUGCAAGGCCCAUUUGGCCCGCUUAAAAUUGGCCCAGAAGCAAAAUGAUGUUAAAUAACUAUUCGAUAUUUUGUAAAUGUUUAGUUAUUAAUAUUUAUGCGUAGUAUUAAUAUUUAUAAAUAUAUAUA